UAUACGCCUCCUAUCACCAUUUGACACUUUGCUGUCAGUUCUAUUUUAAACGUUCAGUCGCUCACAGUAGUUGCGUUGCGUCUCGUCGUUCAGUCAUCCGGUCCAAGUCCAAGUCGAAAUCUAAAUUCGAAACGAAAUGAUGUCGUUGGCAAUGGGAAUAUUCACACGCAAAUUUAUUUCUUUAUCUGUGGUUUUAUUAAUUUUAACGUUAGAUGUUUACGCUGACGACGAUGAGGCAUCAUCAAAUAAGCAACUAGAGGUCAAAGUUUAUUAUGAAGUUUUAUGCCCGGAUAGCAUACGAUUUAUAAAAAAUCAAUUGUUACCUUCGAUGGUGUUGAAGAACCGAUUUAAUUUUACUGAUCUCAAGUUUGUACCUUUUGGAAAUGUUGUGUCUUACAUAGAUCGAAGAAAUAACGAAAAAGUUUUGAGAUGUCAGCAUGGUCGAAAGGAGUGUGAAUUAAAUGCACUUCACGCUAGUAUCAUCGAACAUAAUACCAAACGCGAGGCUUUUGACAUGAUCUCAUGUUUGAUGAGUGGAUACAACCGGAACUUGGAUAAAUGUGCCACCCAAUUUGGAAUAAACGUAGAUGCUGCACAACAUUCUAAAAAUACAAGAUUGACUUCAGAUAUUUUGGAAAAAUAUGGCAACGAUACUUAUUCAAUAAAUCCAUCAUUUAUCCCGACGAUUUCUAUUGAUAAUGUUUACAGCUGGGAUGAACAGGAGGAUAUACUUGAAGAUUUUGAUGCUGUAUUCUGUAAGAGAUAUGAAAACAAAUUUAACAUUAAGCUCAGUGGAUGUUAAUAAUAUUGUAAUGCGGGUUUUGUUUACAUGAAUCGAUUAAUAUUUAUGAUUUGAUAAGAUAAUAAAUAAACACCAAGACACUUUCAAUGUUAUCAAGUUGUUAUUAAGGUUCGAUGAAAUAAAGAAAGUCAUGAUAAACCAGA